UUCCGCAGGUUUAGUGGCAUCCAUGGAGUUAGAAUUAGGACCCAAGAUUGCCCAGAAGGCUUUUGAAGGAGAAGGUGGAUCUUACUAUAGCUGGACAAGUGCUGAACUUCCCAUACUUAGCCAAGCUAAGGUUGGUGCAGGGAAGCUCAUUCUACACCCCCUUGGUCUAGCUUUACCCCACUAUUCUGAUACCUCUAAGAUUGGCAUGGUAGUUCAAGGAAAGGGAAGAAUUGGAAUGAUAUUUCCAAAAGCUUCACAACAGAAGGUGGUGGAGAUUGAGGAAGGUGAUGUUAUACCUGUACCACUUGCUUCUGUUUCAUGGUGGUUAAACGAUGGCGAGUCCAAAUUGAUUGUAAUCUUCUUAGGUGACACAUCUAAGGCUCACAGUCCGGGCAAUUUCACAUAUUUCUUAUUAGCCGGAGCCAAGGGAAUCUUCACUGGUUUCUCGACCGACUUUGUUAGUAGAGCUUGUGAUUUAGAUGAAGAAGAAACAAAUAAGGUUGUGAAAAGCCAACAUGGUGUCUUAAUUGUCAAGCUUAAAGAAGGAACCAACAUGCCUCAGCCUUCCAAAGCUAACAAACAAGAAGUAAUCUUUAACAUUGAGGCUGCAUUGCCGGACAUUAAUGUUAAAAAUGGUGGACAAGUGGUGGUUCUAUCAAACAAGAAAUUUCCAUUAUUGGGAGAAGUUGGGUUGAGUGUCAAGCAUGUAAAACUUGAUGCUAAUGCAAUGUGUGCACCAGAAUUCUCCUCAGAUUCAGCAGUUCAAGUGAUCUACAUUGUCAAAGGCAGUGGCAGAGUACAAGUUGUGGGCAUUAACAGUGAACGCGUCUUGGACACAACGGUUAAAGAUGGUGAUUUGUUCGUCGUGCCAAGCGUCUUUGUGGUCAGUACAGUUGCUGGAGAUGAAGGAAUUGAGUGGUUCUCUAUGGCUACCACAACACAGCCUUUCUUCAGUCACUUGGUUGGGAAGACAUCACUGUGGAAAACUCUCUCUCCACAAGUUCUCCAAGCUUCUUUGAAUCUCACUCUUGAGGAAGCUGAAAUUUUUAGUUCGAAGAUGAGCAAGAAUUCCGUUUUAAUCCCUGCGCCGCCGAUGUAAUUGUUCAAUGGAAAAAAAAUUAGAAAAUAAUAAGAAAUA